AUUGCAAAUGACGAUGACAACGGAACGAUGAACAAUGGAAUACGAUGGGACGAUGACGAUAGACGAUUUGAGUUGGAGAUGGUUAGUGGAGAUGGAGAUGGAGAUGGAGAUGGAGAUGAAGAUGGAGAUGAAGCAAAUAAACAAACACCACCAACAACAACCAACAAAUACAGUGAUUGCCUAUAA